AUGGAUGCCUCAGUUAUAUUUCGUUUGAUUGUUUUCCUUCUUUUAUUAAGUCAUAUCAGCUCAGAGUGUUUUCCAGGAUGCUCCUGCGGGACUGACCGUUAUGGGAGGUCACUCACAUGUAUGGAAACUGCAUUAACCGGAAUUCCUGCGGACAUACCGGAAGAUUUGACAAAAAUCCGAAUAGAGAAAUCACAGCUAAGUGAAAUACCAAAGGCAGCGUUUUCCCAUAUUAAAUGUCUAAAGCAUCUCUGGCUGAAUUUCAAUGACAUCGCCAUCAUAAAUAUCAAAAGUCUGGAAGGUUUGGGUAACUUGACGGAGCUCCGGUUGCAGGGUAACAAACUUCGUUCAGUACCGUGGACAGCGUUUGAGGAAACGCCCAACCUCAAGAUUCUGGACCUGAAGCACAACCGCAUUGACGCCCUCCCUGAACACGCGCUAAAGUUUUUACCAGGACUGACCUAUUUAGAUCUGUCCUCUAAUCAACUCUCGGUCGUUUCUAAAGACGUCUUUCUGAACUGGCCUCUCUACCACGCAGAAAACAAGCAUGAAAAACCUACAGCGUCCAACGUUGUUCUGGCGCUUCACGGCAACCCGUGGCUGUGCGACUGUCGCCUGGGAGGCUUCAUUGAGUUUAUCAAAUCGUUGAGUCCCCCGUUCAUUCUAAUGAACGCGUAUUUGACAUGCUCUGGCCCAGAAUUCAAGGCAGGGAAAUUUUUCCAUGAGGUCGAUUUAAAGACGUGUGUGAAGCCAGUGGUCAGCGCCCCGGUCAACAACAUCACCGUGCCUUUAGGUGGGAACAUCACGCUAACAUGCUUUGCCACGGCCAGACCUGAACCUGCCAUUCGGUGGACAUAUGGUCUUAAGAUACUAAGAGGAUUUCGUGAGAUUCAGAGCCGUGUAGAUGAAGACACUAUCAGGACUCAGCUGAUCAUUCCUUCGCUCCAUCUGGCCGACAGAGGACUCUACACCUGCACUGCUAACAAUUUCAUUGGCAAUUCCUCCAUUGGUAUUUUACUGGAUGUGAAAUCUCCGGAAGGCUCUCUGUCUCAUUCCUCAGACCUCCCUGCUGCCGUCGCUGAGGAAAAUGUUUACAUCGAUAUCCGUAUUGCCAAGCAGACAGUGUAUGGCAUUACAAUUGAGUGGCGUGCUGUAACAGACAAUCCAGCAGAAACCUGGUUCACCAUUCAUUUUGGCCGCUAUGACACAGUUAAGAAAGAGCAGAUAUACAUCGGACCAGGUAUUAACACAUACUCUGUCACAGACCUGCUACCAGUCACGAAGUAUGAAAUCUGUGUUACUCUAAAGAACCAGGCUCCUCGGAACGGCCAGUGCAUCGUGUUCGUGACAGGCAGCGAUUUCAAUGAAAUGGAACAGAGGGAAAAGCUCAUUCAUAUUGUCGUCAUUGUACUUGCCAUGGUGCUCGCUGUGCCUGCGGGAAUGUACGCCUGCACUACCGAUGCCAAGUUCAACUGCUUUGAGCGUUGCACGGAAAUGUGGAGAAACAGGAGACAUGCGGAGAGCUCGCACACGUCUGAUGAGAGGCAGGGCACGUUUGACAGUCUCCAAGCUGCCAGUGAUGAGGGCCUCUGCAAGGAGUCCAGCAAGGAGCGGAAGGCCCGACGAAGGUCUGCUGAUAAGAUACAGAAAACAAAAAAUGAACGAAGACCAACAGCUGAGCUUUACUGACACUACACACUGAAAGACAUCUAUAGACUGAUUAAUACCCAUGAAAGGAAAGCCUACAUUGUCAUCCAGCUUCAGUGGUCAAAAGGAGGAGAACUGAGUAAAGUUAAUAUGCUUGUUAUGGAUGCCACAAUCUUCAGAAGAGAGUCUCAAUUGAUCAUGAACUCACGGAUCAGCUGCUGCUGGACAGGAUUUUCCAAACUGGCAAAAACCAAAGGAAGCCAUUGAAUAAAUGCAAAGUCACUGAAUUAAACACUUCUCUCCACCUUAUUUUGCAUCGCAUAAGUAAGCUAUUUUCUUUGAAUCUGUGACACUUCCAAUUCUUUAGCCACUAUAGGUAAAUAACUAGAAGAAUAACAAAGUGCAGUAAACUAUUUGUGCUGCAUACCAGUGUUUAUGAUUAUGAUAAUAAAUGAACAACAACACACGGGUAGCCACUGUGAUUCGGCCGUAGGCUCAGAUCUCUGAAAGCGUCUAAACAAAUUGUAAAAUAGGCGCUGUGUUUAUAUAUGAAACACAUAUUUGAGGUGUAAAUAAUGACAUUCUUGCCUAAAAAACUCUUAAAGUUGCAGUGUAUACAUUUUAGCAGGAUUUAGUGGUGAGGUUGCGAAUUGCAAAAUAGAGAAGCUACGGUGGCCGUCAUCUGAGACAGCAGAGAGUAGCCAGUCAGGCAAACACGCUCUGUAGAGCAGUUUGUCUGUUUAGGGCUACUGUAGAAACAUGCCGGUGUAAAAUGGCGACUUAACAUGUAAGGGGACCCGCGGUGUAUGUAGAUAAAAAUGGCUCAUUCUAAGGUUAUAAAAACAUAACGGUUCAUUAUGUAAGGUCUUUAUACACCACUGAAAACAUAGUUAUGCAUAUUAUAUUGCAUUUCUGUCAAUAGAUCCUCCUAAAAUUUACACAUUGCACCUUUAAAACUACAUUCUGUGGCACAACAACAGUAGUAUUUGUAAAAAAUAUGGUGGAUUUGCUCAACAGUCGGUGAAACGGUUCCAGUGGGGGAAUAUCGCACGGCUCUCAGCCAAUCAGAUUUGAGAACCAGAAAAAAACUGUUGUAUAAAUUAAAAUAAAAUAACAAAUACCAGUUUGCAAAAGCAGCUUUAAUAGACUGCUUUUGUACAGGUAAAAUAACUGGAAGUGUCUGACACUGGAAGCCUCAUACAUUCAAGUUACAAAUAGCUGAGCUAGCACUUACAUUAAAAAUAAGGUGGAUACACUAUUAAAAAAUAAAGGUUCUUUAUUGGGAUCUAUGGUUCCAUGAACAAUCUUUAACAUCCAUUGAACCUUUCCAUUCCGCAAAAGAACUUUCUUUAGAUUCUAAAAAUGUUCUUUUAAGAACUGUUCACUGAAAGUUCUUUGGGGAACCAAAAAUAAUGGUUCAAUGGCAUCGCUACAAAAAAAACAAAAACCUUUUGGAACCUUUAUUUUUAAGAGUACAAUUAUAUUCAGAAGGGAACAGACCUUUUAUCAUCUCAGUGCACUUUAUAGAUGCAACUAGUGACAAAUAGUAGCAUUCAAAGUAAUGAAGACAUUCAUAAUACAACUGUACAUAAAACUGUUCGUAAUAUUGUGGAUAUUUCUAUUCUUUAAGUGAAUUAUUUUAGGUUGAGGUGCAUUUGUAUUAUUGUUAAAUUCAUUGGCAUGUUUUAAGUGACAGAUUUAUUUUAAUGCACAUGAUGCAAACAUAGGGAUAUAAAAGCAGAUUAGGAUUUUUGAUGCCUGUUCCAUAUCAUGUGAAUCCAACAGCAAACAAAAUGCUUAUCUUUUAAAAUGGACAUUCAGCAAGCCCCUUAAAAAAUUCCAUAUACACUGACCUUCAAAGAAAUUGAUACUGACUUCAAUUUGAACUCUAACUAUUGAAAGAGUUGCUGUCUUAGGGAAUAAAUGCCAUGAAGAUUGUUUUCUAUAAAUGGUUUUGCUCAUAAAGUAUUAUAUUUUCUUCCUUUUUUUAAAAAAAAAAAGAGUGAUAAGUACAAUCUUUGUAAGUAAAUAUAUAAAUUAAAAUGUGUUACUAAAUUUAUACCAUGUUUCUGUAGUUGAUUUUGAAAUAUGUAUAGAAAUGUAUUUCACACAUCGACCGUGCAAUUUAAGCCAGUUAACUUCACUUGUAAAGAUACCUGGAAUAACAAUAACCCAGACAGCAACAGAAUGUGGCCCAGAUCCGGCCCACAUCUGGUACAUGUGGAUUACAUGCGGACCAGAUGUGGGCCAGAUCUGGGCCGACACUAUGUUGCUGUCAGGGAAUUCUCUUCCACCCUCAGACUGAACGAUUACCACUGCUGAAUUGUGUCAUUCUGCACUAAUCCAGGAUCAUUGACAGUUACGCUUUCUUUUUCCAUUGUGGUGCUGCUAAACCAGGAUUAAAACGUACAUGACCAAUCGUGAGUCGUCACACUCGCCACGUCACUAAAGUGCAGUGCAGAGCUCUAUGUACGGUAUGGUUAGCUACCCAUGCUGAGAAAUCUGUGUGUGGAACUUUUUGUAAACAAUUCUAAUGGAAAUGCUGCUGGUACUAAAAAAUGUGCUUAAAGCAAAUUGUACAGCUCUCUAUUUAUGUCAGUGAUAAACUAUGUGAGUGUUAUGACUUUAUGUCCAGAGCUCUGUGACCUUAGUCAGCGGGCUCCAAAAUAAACUAGUCAAGUCCAAAAU